UCAUGCGCAAAGCUUCAUUUUCACGUUGUAAAUAAACUGCAAAAUGAUAAAUUCGAACAUUAAUUUAAGGACUCUAUCUACAAUGAUAAUCAUUUCCCAACACAGCUUAAAUAAUGCCAAAGUCUCGUAAAAGUAGAAGUUCAAGUCCUCAAAAGAAUCCCACAUUAGAAAAUCCAGUGGAAUUGGCCAGACGGGAAACUCUGCAAAAUGUCAAAGAUAUAUUCUUUGAUUCAGUUGAUGAAGACAUCGUCGAAGAAGUUCUAAAACAGUGUAACUGGAAAGAUGUAGAAGCUGUUGAGAAGCUCCUGCUUAUUGCAGCCAGUGAGGAAAAGAAAAAGACCACAAACAAUCUGCAGACUAUAGCAGCAGGACUGAUUGGCCCUGCCCACACCAAUGUCUUCAACGCACCAAGCCAACUGUCUCCGUCCCAGAAAGUUAUCCAAAGACCGCAAAAGGGUUCAGCUAAUAGCAGCCGUACUGCCAGCCCCUCUACCUACACCCAUGACCCUUACAAUGCCAGGGGUGGAGCCUCCCCACUUCAUGCCUCCAUCGCUCAAAACACACUUCCUAUCAACGAUGAUGAACAUUUUCCCAGCUUAGCCUCUGCAGUUGUCUCAAGGCCCGAUGGGUAUUUGUCCAGUGGGUCUCAGCGACUUCAGGGGGAUCGUAAGCAGCAGGCUGCAGCGCCCAUUAAAGGGGCCCUGUUGUCCCUGGCCCAGAAUGCCUACCAGCAGCAAUAUGAUGACGCAGAGGGGGCCCAGAGGUGGGAACAAUGCAAGCAAAAUCUCAGUGAACAUUACUUGGAAAAGUUUUCCAAGCAAUCUGCAAAAUUGGAAGAAAAUAGCGAUAAUAUUACAGUUCCCAUUUCGAGGCCAGUUUUUGCUGGUAGUCAAGCUGGGAGGUCAGAGAAUGGGGUCCAAACAAGUACCGGUAGGAAGUUUCCUGUUCGUCUGCUUAGUAGUGAUCUGGAUGAAAAUACAGUGGGAAAUCCAGCUGGGGUAAACUUUCGGUCUAAUAUUCUAGAACAGAAAAAAGAUUCAAUGCCUGGAAACAGUGGAAAUAGCAAAUUAGAGAGACAGAAUAGUACAGAACUUAAUGAAACCGUUUUAAAAUGUCUCCAAGAAGUCGAGAAUGAUUUGCUAGAUGAGCAUGAGUUUCCCAUGAAGUCUCGAAAUGUUGAUAGUGUAAAUGUUAAAACUGAAUCACCUAAGGCAAAUCAGCCCAUGACCUUACCAACGAUAGGGCUGCUUUCAGCUGAUGCAGCUGAAUUUGUUCCAAGACCCAAGCCUGUUUCCUCCCCAGCAGACGACUCUGGUGAGAUACCAUCUAAUGAUAAAAACUCAGACAACUUAUCAAAUGUAUCUGGUCCCACAUCACAGCGACCGAUAUCAAAUUCAAACGCUGUACACAAGAAAGGCGGAGUUAGAAAUCCAGCACUAGAUCACACAGAAUCUCAUUCAGUAAACCCACCAUUGGCUGUAAGCCCAGGGCUAAGCGCAGGUGUAAGUCCCCCUGUGUCCCAGGUAAGUCCAAUCGCAAACCUUACAGGGAGUCCCAUGUUCAUUACCCCCAAGUGGAUGAACAGGCCACCAUUGGCACAGAUAAAUGCACCAACCAGGUUUGUGGCAGCUGGACCCCAGACUGUGACCCAUGCUGCUCUAGGACAAGCCGCCCGCUUGGGCUAUAGGUUUCCUCUGCGGUACCCACCACAUGUGGUGUUCACGGCCGCCCCUGCGCCGCGCCAAUUCCAUGUAGCAGGACUCCCAGCUCACUACGUGCACCAGCAGCCUGUUCCUAUGAAGGAUAGCAUUGAAGACAGGGCUGUCAUUGCUACUGGACAACCAAUAAUGGCCACUGCUGAGUCUGCUAUUCAUGCAUCUUCAACAGUCAUCAAAAAGCCGCCUCUAUCCCCCCUGGAGCAGAAGGUGGAGAAAAUCCGACAGCUACAUACCAGUGGCAUUAAAGUGCUGGUUAUAGUGAGGGGUCUGCCAGGAAGUGGGAAGUCCACCCUUGCCAGAAGUCUACAGAUGCAGUCAGGAAUUGUGCUGUCGACAGAUGAUUUUUUCAUGAAGGGUGGUUUAUAUGAGUAUAACAUGGACAAACUGCCUGAUGCACAUAAAUGGAAUAGAGAUAGGGCAAAAGAAGCCAUGAAGAAAGAACAGAGCCCCAUAAUCAUUGACAACACUAACACUCAGAAGUGGGAGUUCAACGCCUAUGUAAACAUUGCUAACAACCUUAAUUACCAUGUGGAGCUAAUGGAGCCAGAUACACCUUGGAAAUUCAAGCCCGCAGAGUGCGCUAAACGAACAGUACAUGGUGUGCCGCUUGCCCAAAUACGGGGCAUGUUGGAUCGAUAUGAGCACAACAUCACCAUUGAGGCUGUUGAAAGCAUUAGGAAGGGAAAAACAAGGACCAGAGAGGAAAUCAUCGAAGUAUCUAGCUCAGAUAUACCUUCAGUGCCUUGCAAGGAAAAUGCAGAAUGCAUAGUGAUAAAGGAUGGCAGUGUGAAUGAUACAAAUGGUGGGGUCAAUGAAUGGACAGAGAUGGACAGAAUACAGAACUUGUACAGAGGGGAUGACCUGCGCAUGCUUAAACAGAGGUCUGCAGAGUCGGAUUCUGACAGUAUCUCUACAGAAACCGUUAGCAUGCAUUCAGAAUCAAGAUCCAAUACGUCCUCACGCACAGCUUCUCCCAAACCUCUUAGGCCCUCUUUGAUGACCCUGGGGUCACAUCACAAAGUUGAAAAGAGCAGGCUUAAACAGUUGACUGUCAAACCAACAGCCCAAAAGGUUUCCCUGAAAUCUAUUACACAGAUUGAAGAAACCCUGUCAACUGAGUCGGUUAUGAUAGUUAAUGAUUUAAUAAACGAGCAUGCUACAAAUAAGGCUUUAUCGAAUGAAGAUGUAAAUAAACUGGAAGAAGGUUUGAAAGCGUUGUUAAGUAUAACGCUGAGUAACAUGUCUGAACUUAGAUCAGCUGAGGAAUUGAUAAGCAUAAAGUUACGCAGUCUUAUUCAUGGGAGCUUUGAAGACAGCGAAGAGGUACCAAAAGUGGACGACAUUAGCGUAUCGGUCACUCCAGACUUGACAGAUGAUGCUAGUGGAAGCAUGCAUUCUGAGUUAAGUGUGCCAUAUUCAGUAGAUUUAAACGGAGAAAAUGAAGCACACCCUUUGUCUUGCAUUACAGACACUGAAUACGAAUUAAAGCCCGGUGCUUCAGCAAUCCAUGAAGAAACAGUCCCCUCUGAAACUCAGACUGAAUCUACUGAUGUAAGCAAUCCAGUCAAAAGACCUGCAGCUUCUUGGAAGGAUAUUGCUAAGCCCUUGAAAUCAAAUGAUCCAGUGUUUACACAUUCUACGGAUGCCAUAGUGAACUAUGUAUUCUCAACAUCAUGGGAUAAUGUCGCGUAUGCAAAUGGGACAGGGGCUCCUGAUUUUGAAAAACAAUAUUGGAAUGAAGGUUACAAUCAUUACAACGAAUCAUCUGCAAUUGCAGAACCUGAAUCUCGGACCACUGAAAACGGUGAGGGUGAUUGGGAACAUUAUCCUAGCCAAGAGUUGGUGGAAAGUUGUGCUAGUGAGAGUCUUGAAGUCGCCGAGACUGCGUGGGAACAGUUGGCAAAGCCUCAGAGGAGAAAGAAAAAACAACAAAAGCUAAAUAUUGUAACAAGUCAGCCAUUAAAUGGGAAUUCAUCUGUAAAUACAUCUUAUAGUAGAAAUAGUGGUCAAGCCAUUAGCCAGGAAGGUGUUUCUGAAGAUCUCAUGCAUGAAUUAGAUUCAACCUUUGAUACCAGCAAAGCUACAACUGAUGCCAAUUCAGAAAACGCUAAUAGCACUGAUGAUUAUACCACCCCAAAUGAGACAGCUGGCCAUUCUGAUGGGGCUAAGGAAAUUGAGAUUGAUAUUGAUAAGGAGAAGGCAUGUGCUAAUGAUAAUACCGGUGCUUUAACUAGUGAUGAACAGACACUUGAAAGUAUAAAUCAAUGUGUGCAAGGAAACUGUGUGAAUGAUUCAUUAGAAGCCAUUAAUAAAGCAUACUCAGAAUCAGAUGAAAUCGAACAUCAGUCAACAAUAAAUGGUGAAUGUGAGUUAAAUAUUUGUGAUAAAGAAAUAAAAAACUGUAGUGACCAAACUUGUGUAACGGAAGACAUUCAAGAUAAGAAAAUUACUGAUGAAGUUUCAUCUCCUAAAGCUAAGAGAAGUGGAAAACAAAGAGGAGCAAAACUUGCACCAUUUUUGGAUCAACAAGACAAAGAAAAAUUCAAAACAAGUGAAUGGAGAACCCUCCCCAUCACAUCAGAAGAUUUCAGAUCAGAGACUGAAAAGACAGCAAAGGACAGCAUGGAUAGAAAACAUGCAGACUGUAUGACAGAGAUAGAUAUGUUUAAAACAGUUGAAUUACUUAAUCGUGGUGGUUUCAUAGAUAGCAACAUUAAGUAUCUAACUGGUAAAUCUAUGAAAGUUAAUGGACUAGAUAGAAGAGACUUUCAAGUAGAAAAAGGUAAAAAAAAUGAAACUUUUGGUGUUAGAAGUUUUCAUCAAAGUACAUCCACUGGUGAUCUCUCUGACUUUUACACUAGCAAUAACGUCGAAUUCUUGCAAACCACUUUCCCCAAUGUCCCGAUAGCAGAUUUGGAAUGCGUGCUUCAUACUUGUGGCGGGAAUGUUGAAUGGGCCAUUAAUCUUAUUGUAGACUGGGAUUACAGCUUGGAUCUUACAGAAGACGAAAAGCGUAGGUUUACUGAAGGAAUGCUUAAAGUUCAAAGAAGCAUCGACCAAGAAUCUGGCGAUACUUUGCUUCCUUGUAAAACCUCCCCAGCAAAACUCCUGGAUAUGUGUUUCAGUGUAGUAGAGAUUAAACUUCACACCAGUAGAGAAGUCCUAGAGCGACAAAUGAUUCAGACUGCGAAAGUGAGACUUGACAGAAUAGAAACGGACUCCAUGACGAAAAUUCGGUACCGUCGUUCAACUAGUGUUUCUGAGUCAGCAGCCAGUGGUGUGGAUGUUUCACAUUCGAGUGCUGGGAACACUUCACUAAUGAGGUAUCUCAGUUCUUCAGAUUCAUCUUUUCAAACUUCAUUCACCCUAGGACCAGAAAUAGAUUAUAGUAUGUUUCGCUAUGAGCCAUCGUCGGAAAGCUCUGGGAGUGACAACGGUAAAACCUCUCUGGACUUAGUAGAAAUCAAAGACAACCAACAGAGAGCAACUGUUCAAGAGGUGGAUGGUUCAGACCCAGCUCAGGACAGUGAUGUGUGUGACUUGGGUCAUUCAGGAGCCCAGAUGCAAAUAGAGUUGGACAGGGCAGUGCUGGAACAGCUGGAGUCAGAGUUUGGAAAGAUUCACUACGGGCAAGAUACGAGCAAUGUGGUUGUUCAGCUCCGCUCGGACACUGCAUACCGACUGUACCAGGACAUUCAACGUAGUCUGGCCAGCCAGGCAGAGUCUACACGUAAACUUCAGCUCUUACAGGAUGAGGAGCUUGCCAAGCGGCUGCAGCAAGAUGAGCUGUCCUCCAACAGCCCUAGGAGUCGACGUGGCAAGGUAGACCUGCCCAGCACGAGACCACAGAGAAUGGACAGGCCAACAGCUGUGGUAGGAUUUUCUGUAAAAGGAAGCCUUCCCAUGAAUGAGGUGUUAAAGAGAAACCCUACACCAGUCCAAUCCCUGACUGACAUCAUGAACGAAGAAAAGAAAAUACAGCAGCAGGAACUGAACUUUGAUGAGCUGUUGCGUAUUGAAGGUGGAGAGCCCAUGUUGGCUACGCGUCUCAAACUGGAGAAACUGUUCAGCUUCUUCCCUGACAUCGACAGAGAGUUCCUGGAGAAUGUCUUCAGGGUCCACUGUUUCAACCUCAGUGAGACCAUUGAGUCCAUCAAGCACAGCCGAGGUGAGCAUGUGACCCAGCCCUCCAGUCAGCCCCAUGGGGACUGGGAGAGUGAACAGAGACUGAUAGAGCGCACCAAGAGGCAGAGCAUGCAGGACAUGCUGGAUGCAUACAUCUACCACCCUGUGGUGAGCAAGGACUACCAGGACGGCGCAGCACCAGAGUACGAGGACUACAGAGGGGAGGCCACUCUACACCACCGCCUCCGCCACGAGUGCUUCCAGAAGGCCCAGGAGGCGCACAGGCGUGGCCUCAAACAGGUCGCAGCGUUCUACUCACAGCAGGGCCAUCAACACACUCAAAGGAUUAAAGAAGCAAACAUGAGGGCAUCGGAACACAUCUUGGCUGAAAGGCGGGAGCUUCUAGAUGAGCACAAUACUCUGGACCUCCAUGGUCUCCAUAUAGAUGAGGCAUUGGUGGCCCUGGAACGCAUCAUCACACAGAAAAUAAGUGAGAGACGUAAACACCUGAUAGUGAUCACCGGGCGGGGGGCUCACAGCCGAGGGGGCGUGGCGAGGCUGAGACCUGCCGUCCUGCAGUACCUGAAGAAGCAACAGUACAGCUAUAGUGAAGAGCAGACAGGCGUGCUGAAGGUAUCAUUGAAAAAUGCAGCGUAAGAUUGGGUCAGGUCAUUUAGUAUCUACGCCAUCUCAUUGAAGUAUGCAGAGUAUUGCUCGCAGUGGUUCUGUAGCAAUAAGCCAUCUGGAAUGGUCUUGUCUUAUCUACAACUACACAUGUCAUUUUGUUUGAAAUGUGUAGGUUCGAUCUUUCAUGCUGGUUACAGUGUAAAGGUGCGAUCUUAAAGUGUGUAGUUACAAUAUUUCCUGUAUUUUUUUUACUAAACAAAUUUUAAUAAGUCUUGAAAGUUUGCUCAAAAUGAAUAAGAAAGUACUAAUGUGUAGAUUUUUUUCAUCUUUCAUCAGUUUUAUGUUGCAAUAACCAACUGUCAAGUCAAUGAAAUUGCAAAUAUCAGGUUCAAUAUUAAAGGACAACAACUAUAUGAUAAUUAAAAAGAUAUUUUUUUGUUUUUAAUGGCAAUAUUGGUCCUAUAUUUGUAUAUUUUAAGUACAACUACACCUUUGUAAACUUUAUUAGUUGCAAUUCGCCUCUACGAGUGUACAAGAUGUUUUGGUCCAAAAUGUGGACAGGGUUGUUCCUGACCAGACUGCGUGAAUGCUCAGUCUGGCCUGGAGCUAAGCUAGGCUAUUUUGCUUGACCUACUUUUGGUUGACACCGCUUACAUGAGUUGUAUAUAACAUUUUUUAAUAUACUUAGAUGAUUGGUAUUGGAUUUGUAUAUAUAUGUGUACGUUUUAUAUUUUAUAAUGAAAAUUGAUUCUGUAAUUGUUAACAAUGUAUGUUUUAAUACUCUUCAGCAUGAAUUAAUUGUCUCAUUUCAGAACUCAUUGUCAUCUCAUUAAAGCGAGUAUGUACGAUUUUUAUAUGUGUUAAAUUGUAAUAUAUUGAUAAAAUUAUGUUACAAUAACACAAAAAGGCAAGCAAAAUUAUACAUUGAAGACGAAUGUCAUAAAAUGCAGCAAAGACAAAUUAGCGCAUUGCAUUAUUGAAGAUAGGAACUUCAUAUUUGGCAUGCAUGUGUAUCUCACGGAGCUGCACAUUUUGAAUGGUGAAAGGUCAAGGUCAAGGUCAUCUUUAAAGGUCAAGGGUCAAAUAUCAUUGUAUUUUUCUUUCCAAAAACUUUAACCUUCGUUAAAGUUUGGUCAUAACCUUUUUAAUAUUGAAGAUAGCAACUUGAUAUUUGGCAUGCAUGUGUAUAACAUGGAGCUGCACGUUUUGAGUGGUGAAAGGUCAAGGUCAUCCUUCAAGGUCAAAGGUCAAAUUUAUGGCUUCAAAGUGGAGCAAUAGGGGGCAUUGUGUUUCUGACAAACACAUCUCUUGUUUAAAAUUUAUAUUGAAAUAUAUGUAUAAUAAGUUUUUUACACAUUUUAUAUAAAUUCAUAAAUAUUUUACAAAAUCGUCAUACUGGCUUUAACAUUAAAUUAUAUUUGAUACUCUAUGCAAUAGCUGAAUAGAAUAUAUUUUUUAGAUGAAUUCAUAUUCAAUUCAUUGACUCGGCUGCAUAUAGCUAGAAACUGUGUUUUUUUUUAAAUUAAGUUAAAAUAUAGACAGAUAUAAAAAUCUAGAUAGUAACUAGGCAUAUUGCCUUUCUAGUUAUAUACUAGCGAUCUCAGAAUUCUCUUAGGUGUCUUAGAUGCAUAAUUUAUGAACUUCAAACGACCUUGAGCAGAGGUGAAGUAAAUAAAUAGUUGUAUAUUUGUAUGUAUAUAUAACCAUUAUGCACAUUGAAACAAUGAAUUUAACAUAAAAUAUUUAAAAAUGUUCAAUGUUUACCAAAUUUUAAUAAAUUUGUACUGUGAUUAUUAUGACAAAUUUCAAUAUUUUCCUCACUUACAGAUAUACUAAUGUAAUGAUUAUUAUUAAUUGUUUAUUGUUCUUUUACAUUUACAUCUCUGAAGUGCUUAUACUAUGUUUGUAAAUAUGAUUGUUACAAUUUUAUUUGAAUGUCGUUUUUAAACGAAAUGUACUUGCAAUUUUGCUGUUGUUACUCCGUUUUUCUCAAAAUAAUAUUAAUGCAUGUAGUUACAUUGUGUCAUUUGAGUAUGGUUAUCUUGUUGGAAGGUAAAUCAAAAUUAGUCGUGCUCUGUGAAAAAGGGGUUUACUGCAUGUGCGUAAAGUGUCGUCCCAGAUUAGCCUGUGCAGUCCACACAGGCUAAUCAGGGACAACACUUUCUGCCUAUACUUCAUUAUGCUCCCCCAAAAAAUUUGGAGGGGAGCAUAUAGUCGCUGCUUCGUCUGUCCGUCCGUGUGUCCGUCCGUGCACAAUUUUUGUCCGGGCUAUUUCUCAGCAAUUAAUGACCGCAAAUCAAUGAAACUUUAUGGGAAGCUUCACUACCAAGAGGAGAUGUGCAUAUUAUCAGCCGGUUCUGGUCGGAUGAUUUUUCACAGAGUUAUGGCCCUUUGAUAUUUUCCAUUAACUGUACAUAUAGUGCAAAUCUUGUCCGGGCUAUUUCUAAGCAACUAAUGAACGGAAUUCAAUGAAACUUUAUGGGAAGCUUCACUACCAAGAGGAGAUGUGCAUAUUAUCAGCAGGUUUUGGUCGGAUGAUUUUUCACAGAGUUAUGGCCCUUUGAAAUUUUCUAUAAAAAAAUUAUUGUCCCCCCAACUACUGUGCCGUCAAGACGUUUCCUUUUAUCUGAAUAUAUAGUGCAAUAUUGUGACAAAAAGACCUUUGGGGAGCUUCACCCGUCUGCGACAGUUUCUUGUUUAUUCUAAGAAGAGACUUUCUUAAAAUGUAAAUUAUCAUAAAAGCGGAAAGUGUCGUCCCUGAUUAGCCUGUGCGGACUGCACAGGCUAAUCUGGGAUGUCACUUUACACACAUGCAUUAAAGCCUUUUUCACAGAGCACGGCCUAAAUGUAUAUUUGUUACGUGGUAUAUGUGAGUCAGGUUAAGAUUGACUGAUAAUCAUUAAUCAGUGAUGUUGCUGUAUAUAAUGUAUGUAAUAUUGUUGACAUUUUGUUUGAAUAUAUAUCUUUUAUUUUGUUUGUUAUUACAGUAUUCUAUACAUUUAAAAUGCAUUCAUUUUAACAGUGUACAAGUGAGUUAUACAGAACACACAAAGCAGGGUUACUCAUUGAUUUGGGCACUAAAUCAAAAUAUGAUACCUUUUAAUUGUAAUACUGAAGAUCCAUUCACUGUUAACAGUUACAUUUUUGAAUUGUGUAAUUAUUUAUGUAUUUAUGUAUACAUUUGCAUCAUUGGUGAUAGGAAAUAUUAAGAAAUGUGUAUUCAUACAGUUUCCACAUUAAUCAUUAAGCAUGAAUUCAUUUGAAUAGACAAGUACAUCUUUUCAUAUGUUAUUUCAAUACAUGUAAAUAUGCUUAUCUUUUUUCUGAUAUUUGCCCUGUAGGACUUACCGGUAUGAUUGACUGGUAUUCUUAUGUGCCCACAUGAAAUGUGUACUCACCUUAAAAAAAUCACUAAUUAUGGUUUGAAAAUCAAAAUAACAUUUUCCUAUUUCAAUAACAUCAAUUUAUAAUAUUUGAAUAUGAUGUUUUUUUUUAUUAUUAUGGUCUGGUAAUUUCCUUAAUGUCCCACAGUGCAUGAUAAAAAAUACCUGAACAUGACAGUAAAUACAAUUAUUUGACAAAAUAAUGAUUUUUAUGUAUUCGAUUUAAUUUUUAUUUCAUGGAAAAAGAUGUGCAGUAAGUUCCUGUUUGCAUACAUGUGUCAGUGAACAAUCAAUAUUCUAAAGCAGAUGUGACAUUUUGCAUUUUCAAGAAUGAAUUAUGAAAGUAUCAAUUAUAGAUAUGGGAAUGGUUUUGAGCAUCUAAGUAUAGAUAUGGGUAUUGAAAUCAGAAAUUUGCUUGUAUACAAAUGCAUAUAGAUUUGAAAGUAUCAGUAUCAAAUUGGGUAUGAUAAAUGUCAUUCUUGUAUAUAAAUGGGUAUCAAAAAGUAAAUUUCAGUAGCGGGAAAGAUAUAAUAGCAAAUUCAAUAAGUAUACUGUAUUGAUAUGAAAGAGAUUGAAAUUCUAGUAUGAAAUGUGUCCACUUUAUAAAAUUCUAGUAUUUAAAUGGGUCCAGUUUAUCAAACUUCUUGUAUUGAAAUGGGUCCACUUUCUCAAUGGGUAUGCUUUCAAAAAUCUUGUAUCAAAAUGGGUCUACUUUAUCAGAGUCCCGGUAUAAAAAUGGGUCACAUUUCGGAAGUCUCAGCGGGACACCCCUACCCUAAAAGUUGGCAAAUUACCCCCCCCCUCGGGAUUGUGAACGUAAAAUUGCGAGUACAAUAUCAGGUUUUCCUAAAUGCUUAUUUAAGAACAAAGACAAAAGAUGAUGUCAAUUUAACAUUUUAAAAAGUUUUCACACCAUUUAAGAAUUUUACAAGAACAAAGCACUCCCUUGAUGGAUUAGGCUUUAGAUGAAUUGGGCUUGCCUGAUGGCAUCUUUAUGUCCCCACCAUUAUAGUGGGGGGGCAUAUUGUUUUUGCCCUGUCUGAUGGUCUAUGUGUUGGUUUGUUUGCUCCAACUUAAACAUUUUGCCAUAAAAUUUUUGCAAUAUUGAAGAUAGCAACUUCAUAUUUGGCAUGCAUGUGUAUCUCAUGGAGCUGCACAUUUUAUGUGGUGAAAGGUCAAGGUCAUCCUUCAAGGUCAAAGGUAAAAUAUAUAGCUUCAAAGCGGCGCAGAAGGGGGCAAAGUGUUUCCGACAAACACAUUUCUUGUUUACUCAUCAUGUAGGGCUUGCAUGAGGAAUUCUACACUGUGACAGAUACAUUUUGAUGUUGUUUUCAGUUUUGGUGUUUCCAGUAUAUACGUUUAUAUGUUUGGUGUUUUCAGUAUAUUCAUUAUUAUGUUAGAUAUAUUAUUUUUAGUACGUAAUCAUUCCAAACAGCAGUCGUAUAUUCUCACCAUCUUUCAAAAUGGUAAACAUGCCCUGUUUUGCCCACAUUUUUGUAAUUGCAUGUCAGGAUGUUAAUUGGUAUUGAUCAUCAUUUGUGUAUACAUGUUGUUCAUGUCUUUGGAUAUUGUGCCUUUUGAGUUUCGUACCAGUGCAGUAUACAUGUAAAUUUAUGUGAAUGUGACUUUCAAGAGACUUCACCAUGCCAACAUAAGCUGUGUACUGAACUUUUUUGACAUACUUUUUCAUGGUUUUCAUUGUCCUCCAUGUCAUUUAAUUUAAGUUUAAUUUUAAACUGACAUAAUUGAUAAUAAUUUGAAAUAAAUAUUCAUUAAUUCAAUCACCGCCACAACUUAAGUAUUACAAUUCAUUUACAUUUCUAUAAUCUAUAUACAUUAAGCCAAAGGGAAACAUGAAUUGUUUAUGACAAAGACAUUGCUCAUUCAAAGUUUAAUUAAAAGUACACACAUUAUGCUUUUAUGCUGUAAAGGUUAUUGCCAUGAAUACAGAAUGAUACCGCUUGUUUCAGAGUGCAACAUUUUAAGUGAUGUUACAUGCAACAAAAGUUGCAAUGCACGGUAUGGAAUUUUUAUGCCCCCCUUCGAAGAAGAGGGGGUAUAUUGCUUUGCUCAUGUCGGUCUGUCGGUCCGUCCACCAGGUGGUUGUCAGACGAUAACUCAAGAACGCUUGGGCCUAGGAUCAUGAAACUUCAUAGGUACAUUGAUCAUGACUCGCUGAUGACCCCUAUUGAUUUUGAGGUCACUAGGUCAAAGGUCAAGGUCACGGUGACCAGAAAUAGUAAAAUGGUUUUUGAAUGAUAACUCAAGAACGCAUACGCCUAGGAUCAUGAAACUUCAUGGGUAGAUUGAUCAUGACUUGCAGAUGACCCCUAUAGAUUUUGAGGUCACUAGGUCAAAGGUCAAGGUCACGGUGACCCGAAAUAGUAAAAUGGUUUCCGGAUGAUAACUCAAGAACGCAUACGCCUAGGAUCAUGAAACUUCAUGGGUAGAUUGAUCAUGACUUGCAGAUGACCCCUAUUGAUUUUGAGGUCACUAGGUCAAAGGUCAAGGUCACGGUGACCCGAAAUAGUAAAAUGGUUUUCGGAUGAUAACUCAAGAACGCAUACGCCUAGGAUCAUGAAACUUCAUAGCUACAUUGAUCAUGACUUGCAGAUGACCCCUAUUGAUUUUGAGGUCACAAGGUCAAAGGUCAAGGUCACGGUGACCCGAAAUAGUAAAAUGAUUUUCGGAUGAUAACUCAAGAACGCUUUUGCCUAGGAUCAUGAUACUUCAUAGCUACAUUGAUCGUGACCCGCAGAUGACCCCUAUUGAUUUUCAGGUCACUAGGUCAAAGGUCAAGGUCACAGUGACAAAAAUCGUAUUCACACAAUGGCUGCCACUACAACGGACAGCCCAUAUGGGGGGCAUUCAUGUUUUACAAACAGCCCUUGUUAGUUAUUUAAAUGUUGAGGCGUAUUGUAUAUAAUCACUGGUCUGAUAGGUGAUGUCACUUGGGUCAUUCUAAAUGGCAAUAUUUGAAAUAUUUUAUAUACAUAAAUAAUUACACCAUAGAAAAUUAAAUACAAUUAAAUUUUCUAAAUCUUUGAUGCGUUUUAUGUUUUGCUAAGUCAGCAUGAAUCAAUAUUUUUUUCAUGUAUUUCUGUAGUAGAUUACAGUUGAGCUGCUAUGAUUUGUUGUUACAGGUUUUGAUAGCAAAGUGUAACUUCUAUACCAAUAAACAUAUAUUGUACAUCACAUGACAUGGACCAACAUGAUUCAGGGAGUAAAACGCAUAUGCAGUUCUUCUUGUACUUAUGUGUGCACAUUAUUCUAACAUGAACAGCUUAUCAUCCCAUAUUUUAUAUCUAGUUACACAUGUAGGACAUUGGUAUGUAAACUGUAGUAAUUUUAGUAAUAAUAAUUGUAACUAAAACAGUUUUUUGGUAGUUGUUGUUCUGCCUGAUAACAUAUUAAUAUUUAAUUGUAUAUACGAUAUAGUUGUACAGAUGUAUGCAAUUAACAUGCUAAAACUAUAUUAGACGCAAGCUUAAUAUUUGCCUUUACAUAUAAUAAUGUAUACAUGUAUAUAUUCAAUGAAUUAUGUUCAUUUAUAGCAAAAUAAGUAUUUUAAAUAUAGACUUUUAACUAGCCUUACAAUGUUUUGAGUGCACACGUGUGGUAUAUAUUUUGUUUUAAUAAAGUCACAUUUUA